GACUCUACCAUGGUGUCCCCUCAUCAGCUGGGAAAGUGUCCUCCUGGCACCGCUGUCCUUGACAUGCCAUACUCACUGACCCUUCAGACCUGCGACCAUCACGGUGAACGGCUGACUUCCGGAGGCUACAAUAUCAGAGCCGACAUUACAACGUCGAGUUCCGAGGAACCGAAGCGACAAGGUGACGUACAAGACAACGAGGAUGGCAGCUACACAGUGACCGUCACGCCUCGUGCACCCGAGCCGCUUAUUGUCAACAUCAAGAUCUGUGGAUACCCGUUGAAGUCGGGAAUGCCUUUGGUGAUACCUGUUCAAGACAGCUUACCGUUUGUAGAUCCUCCAGACGGCUACAAGAACCCAUCGGGAAUGGCUGUAGACAUUAACAGGAAGGCCGUCUAUAUCACCGACAUCAUUGAGCGGGUGGGAUGCUACGUUCGUCAGCUGAAGACCGACGGCAGUUUCGUGUCUACCAAAAUGAUCAAAAAGCUCUCGCUGCAACUGAACAACAAGAGUCAGCUUGACUUGGCGGUGGCGCAGGAUGGGAGACUUUUUGCGUUGUUCCCUCACUCUAAAGGUGUGGUAACCUGCAAUUACAAUGGAAAAUCGGUUGAAUGGUGGCCUUGUGCAGAGGACAAUCAUCAGCCUGUCAGUAUCACCCUCUCUCGGGCGGAUCACGUGAUCGUUGGUGAUGGCGACUCGCACAAGCUCUUCAUCCAUCAGCGCAAGGGCGAGAUCGUGGGUCGCAUUGAGCUGCCAAAGGGCGCCCUGUCCGCCGGGACGCAAAACGUGUGCGUGGACAGCACACACGAUGACAUACUCGUGGUCACGCACUCCGAGCCGUACAAGAUUCUGCGUUACACCAUCAACGGAAAUCUGGUCUGCACAAUCAACUUGACCGCCAAAACCACCCAACAGGCCAUGGCCGCAGAGUCAACGCCGGAGGGCGCCCUUGUCGUCAGCUUGCGAGGACGCAUUCUGGUGCUGGCGUUUACUCCCGACCGUAAGGACAUUGCGGUGGUCAAGAUGUUUAAGACGGACCACACCUACACACGAUUGGCUGUAAUUGGGGAUGAGUGCUUUGUUGCAUUUGAUCCGGCCGCCAAGCACCUGGCCAAGUACAGUUACCACCACCGACCUCUUCACUAACUGAACUGGCUACUGCGCAAUAGUCGUAGCCUUGUUGCCAUUUUGUGAUUGGACAAUUAACGACGUUGAAGUACAUGUACGCAAGUGAAGACAGUACAUGUACAUUUACGCAAGUACGACGUACGGUACCAUGUACACGCACGGGCGCCGCAUGUACAUGUACAUGUUCAUCGUACGAGACCAGAUCCUGCAGGUUUUUCUGUGACACAUUUCGUUCACAUAAUGAUACAGAAAGGGGGAAA